GCGGAGCUUGUAAAACACCCUGGAGAGAAAAUGGCGGCAGCAACGGCUUCGGCGCCUCAACAGCUCUCGGAUGAGGAGCUUUUCUCUCAGCUCCGCCGUUACGGCCUGUCUCCUGGCCCAGUGACGGAGAGCACCCGCCCGGUCUACCUCAAGAAGCUGAAGAAGCUUCGAGAGGAAGAGCAGCAGCAGCACCGGUCCGGGGGCCGCAGCACCAAGACGCGGAACAGUAAUAACAAUAACACGGCAACCGCCACGGUCGCCGCCGCGGCAGCAGCGGCGGCGGCCGUGGGGAUGGGGGUCCGGCAGGUCUCAGGCGACCUCUCCUACUUACGGACUCCUGGAGGCUUGGGCCGGAUCUCGGCUUCUGGCCCGGAGAGCCCCUUGGGAGGGCCCGGGGGCGCCUCGGCCGCCCCCACGGCUGGCAGCAAAGUACUGCUGGGCUUCAGCUCGGACGAGUCGGACGUGGAGGCCAGUCCCCGGGACCAGGCCGGCGGCGGCGGCGGGGGCGGCGGCGGCGGCGGCUGCGGCGGCGGGAGGAAAGACCGGGCUCCGCUCCAGUAUCGCGGGCUCAAACCGACGUCGGCGCCCCUGGCCUCCAGCGAGGUGACUAACAGCAACUCGGCCGAGCGGAGGAAGCCCCACUCGUGGUGGGGGGCCAGGAGGCCGGCGGCUGCCGAGCUGCAGAGCCCGUCGGGGAGAGAUGGGGCGGCGGAUGACGGGGAGCAGGAGGGAGAGGACGGCGAGGAUAGGGACCCGGAGGCAGAGGAGCCGCUGUGGUCCGGCCGGACCGUGAAUGGCAGCCGGCUUCUCCCCUACAGCUGCCGGGAGAACUAUUCGGACUCGGAAGAAGAGGAGGACGACGACGUGGCCUCCAGCAGACAGGUAUUGAAGGACGACUCCCUUUCCCGGCAUCGGCCCAGGCGGGGCCAUAGUAAGCCUCUCUCUCCCCUGCCUGCGAAAUCGGCCGGCGGCCGACUGGAGACCUCAGUUCAGGGAGCGGGAGGAAUCGCGAUGAAUGACAGGGCGGCGGCCGCUGGGAGUCUAGACAGGAGCCGAAACGUCGAAGAGUCGUCGUCGUCGUCGGCGGCGGCGGAGCAGGGAGGAGGGUUUGAUCCCCCGGACUCCAGCCCCAUUCCUAGAUACCGCGUUAACGCUAAGAAACUGGCCCCUCUCCUGCAGCCACCGCUCGCGGACGUGGACUCAACCUUGGAUUCGUCCACAGGCUCCCUUCUUAAAACCAAUAAUCAUAUCGGCGGUGUGGCCUUCGGCGUGGACUCCCCCAGGAUUUUUUCCAACAGCCUCCCUCCCAGUGCGGCGGUGGCCGCCUCUGGUUCACUCAGGAUCAAUCACUCCAAUCAUACGGGCUCCAAUCAUACCUACCUGAAGAACACAUAUAACAAACCGAAGCUUUCCGAACCUGAGGAGGAACUUCUCCAGCAAUUUAAACGGGAGGAGGUGUCCCCAACUGGGGGUUUCAGUGCCCACUACUUGUCGAUGUUUCUCUUAACUGCUGCCUGCCUAUUUUUCCUCGUAUUGGGACUGACUUACCUAGGAAUGAGAGGGACAGGAGUCUCCGAGGAUGGAGGACUCAGCAUAAAAAACCCCUUUGAUGAAACAUUUGGAAAAAUAAAAGAAAGUGAGAAAAAUCUUAUGAUGAACAGUUUAUACAAGCUUCAUGAUCGAUUGGCACAGCUUGCAGGAGAUCAUGAAUGUGGCAGUUCUAGUCAGAGAACACUUUCUGUCCAAGAGGCAGCUGCAUAUUUGAAAGAUUUAGGUCCUGAAUAUGAAGAUAUAUUUAACAUCUCAUUGCAGUGGAUUUUGGAAAAUGGAAAAGAUGUUGGAAUAAGGUGUGUUGGUUAUGGCCCUGAGGAAGAAUUGACAGAUAUAGUUGAUGUACAGUUUUUACAAUCCACAAGACCACAGAUGUCCUUCUGGUGUCGUUUUCGACGUGCUUUUAUUACUGUCACCCACAGGUUAUUGUUGUUAUGCUUAGGUGUAGUGAUGGUUUGCGUUGUUCUGCGUUACAUGAAAUACCGCUGGACAAAAGAGGAAGAAGAAACAAGGCAGAUGUAUGAUAUGGUGGUAAAGAUUAUAGAUGUUUUACGAAGUCAUAAUGAAGCUUGCCAGGAAAAUAAAGAUUUACAGCCUUACAUGCCUAUUCCCCAUGUGCGAAAUUCCUUAAUACAGCCUCCCGACAGGAGAAAAAUGAAGAAAGUCUGGGAUAGAGCUGUUGACUUCCUUGCUGCUAAUGAGUCUAGAGUUCGCACGGAAACACGAAGAAUAGGUGGUGCAGAUUUUCUAGUUUGGCGGUGGAUCCAGCCUUCUGCAUCCUGUGACAAAAUAUUAGUAAUACCUUCUAAAGUGUGGCAAGGUCAAGCAUUUCAUUUAGAUAGAAGAAAUUCACCACCAAAUAGUUUGACGCCAUGUCUAAAGAUUCGAAAUAUGUUUGAUCCAGUUAUGGAAAUAGGGGAUCAGUGGCAUUUGGCAAUUCAAGAAGCAAUUUUAGAAAAAUGCAGUGAUAAUGAUGGCAUUGUUCACAUUGCAGUAGACAAAAAUUCACGUGAGGGUUGUGUAUAUGUUAAAUGUCUGUCUCCAGAAUAUGCUGGGAAAGCUUUUAAGGCAUUGCAUGGCUCUUGGUUUGAUGGGAAAUUGGUUACAGUAAAAUAUUUACGACUAGAUAGAUAUCACCAUCGCUUUCCCCAAGCUCUUACUUGCAACACUCCCUUGAAGCCAUCAAAUAAACAUAUGAACUCUAUGUCUCAUCUUCGUCUUCGGACUGGCCUAGCCAAUUCUCAAGGAGGUUCCUGAAAAGACUUUCUUCCACUCCUAGGACUGUUCUUUACAAUAGGAAAAUUCCUGUUUGGCUUCGUCUCCCUUUUUAAAUGCUUUUUGUAUGUAAUAUUUUUAUUGAGUACAGAUCUGUUUGAACGUUCCAGAAAUCUUAAGGUUCCAAAGGGACUUAGCAGUGAAGCAGCAAUGCUGAGUAGAUAGAAUAAUUGUUUCAUUCAGUUUUUGGAGCUCAGUUAAGCCAAUGCACUUAAAGUUUUGCAUGAGGAACAUUGACCUUAUUAAGCAUUUUCAGAUGUGGUGGUUGUUAAUUUUGCACCAAGAAGUGUUUGGAUAACCACACAAAAGCAUGGUGAAAAGGCUUCUUGUAUUUCCGUAAUUUCCUGUAAACUAAUGUUGUGAAUUUUUGUAUACAGUCACCUACAUAGUUCCUUACAGGCUAAUGUGGUAAAACUGUUAAUUUCCCAAUUUAAUCUUAGGUUUCUAUUGCUUGUAAGAGAUUCAUUUGCUAUAGCUGGAAUAUGGGAAAAUCAGUCUGGGUUUAGUGGUUACAUAUAAGUAUAAGUGGAUGUACAUGUACUUAAACUGGCUUUUGUAUAUAUGUAUAAAUGCUGGUGAUGGCGAAAGUAGUCUUGUUUUGUGAGGAUAUCUGCAUUAAAGCAGUAAAAUAAGCUUCCUAUUUUAUUCAUAAUCUAAUGUAUAUAUAUAUGUAUUUGUAUAUAUGUGUGUAUGUAUAUAUAUAUGUAUGUGUAUAUGUGUAUAUAUACACACACAUAUAUACAUAUGGCUGUACUAUCAUAUAGAUCAAACAGCCAAACACCUGGAAGUAUUAGAUAAAAGUUUAAAAUAUCUUUUAUAGGUUUUAUAUAAAAAUGUCUGAGUAUGAUAUUGUGUGAAAGUUCCGAUACCAGUUGUAAGGGAUUCAAAUUUAUGUGAGCAAUAAAAAAGCAAUUGGCAGACAUUGGAAAAGUAUUUUGUGAAAAGCUGUAUUUAUUAUAAAUACUAGGGCUAUGACAUAGUACCAUUGGGAUUAAGUCAUUUUCCCAAUCUAUUUAUAAUUUAAUGAGAUGUUAGCUUCCCUGUUGUAUGUCAAGUUUAAAGCAGGGCACAUUGUUGCAGCAAAAUGUGUAUUUGAGAAAUUAUAUUUGCAAUUUUGGGUCAUGAAAGUUUGCAGUAUAGUAAAUGCAGGAGUGAUGGUUGCUUUGUGCCUCAGUAUUUACUUUGUUUCAGUGAAGUUACCUUAUUACUGUUUAUGAUUUCAGAUUAAAAUAGUUACAGAGCAAAGUUUACUUGUAAUGUAACAAUUGGCUUUUUAAAAAUAACCUGUUGAUAUGUCAUUGUCAGUCCAAAUGAAUAUGUGAAACAGCUGGAAUUGUACCAAUUUUGAUUUUGUUUAAAGCUCAGUUUUCUUUUUUUUUUUUAAUUGUAUAUGUGUUGGGUUUGCAGCAUGAACUUGCACAGUUAAUGCACGUUUUCUGGUUAAGUAAACAUGAUGCACACUGUUCUGUAACAGAAAACCCUAUUGUGCCUUACCUAUGUGCUUUUGUGGGCACCAUGUUUAUGAAGAAUAAAAAAUGAUUUGUUAUCUGAAGAGAAUAAAUUUUAAAUUCUCA